GGGCGGGGUCUAAAGGAUUGUCCCACCUACACUUAUUUCCUCCUCCCCCCGCUUUGCCCUUCAACCUUUCCCACCUUCUCCAUGCCUGGCCUUAUAGGGGGAGGCAGUCCAGAGCCUUAUGUCGCCUUGGGGCUACUCAGCUGGCGUCUUUAUGCCGCAAUCGGUGGAGAGUGGUCGCGGGCAUUCCCUGUUCCUGCACUGGAAAUGGAGUUGGUCUCUGCAAGCCUUAGUCUGUCUAACUGUGGUUUUGCUUUUGAUCCAGGUGGUACCUGCUAUGGCUGAGGGAGACGGCCUCAUUUCAGUGGAUUAUCAAGUGUUUGGGAAAGUCCAAGGAGUGUUUUUCCGCAAAUACACACAGGCUCAAGGGAAAAAGUUAGGUGUAGUUGGCUGGGUCCAGAAUACGGACUAUGGCACUGUGCAAGGACAGAUCCAAGGCCCUGCUUUCAAAGUACGUCAGCUUCAAGAAUGGCUUCGGAAGACGGGAAGUCCCAAGUCCAGCAUUGAAAAAGCAGAUUUCCGUAAUGAGAAGAAAAUAACCAAGUUAGAACAUAAUGACUUUUACAUUGUAAAAUAAUUAAAGAACAUUAAAUAUAUGAGAAAGCAUGAAACCCCAUUUUCUUUUGCUAUUAGCUGUAACAUUCAGAGAUUGCUUUAGUGUAGUGCUAUAUAUUUUUGUUACAUUGUUAUUAAGUUGACUGAGCUGAUAUAAAGGCAAAUUUGCUGUCCUGAGGAUGUAAUGUGCUAAUAUUUUUGGUAUUAAUAAAGACAUUGCUUAAAUAUACAUAGCCCCAAUAUAUGUACAAAAAUGAAUUUGAAACACUGGGAGUGAGUCACCUGGGAGGACACAAGAGGGUUGGGAUUUAUUGUCAUGCCAUCUAAAUUAUGGUGUUUUUAUUGUAUACUAUUGUUCAUCCAUGUUCAUAUAUUUAUUGUUUUUAGUUUUGUUUCUGUGUUCUAGUUUCAGGUUCUACGUGAGUGAGUAGUAUGGCAUAUAAAUAAAUGGACGGAGGAAAAAAGAAAAA